CUCGACUGUGCGCUUGCGUUGCGUUUAGUCGACAGUGAAAAUAAAAUAAAAACAAAAAAUGAGUGCGUUAAAUUUUUAUAAUAUUUUCAUUUUAUGUAUGCAUUUGGCGGUGACUUGCUGGGCAUUACCAACGCAAAAAUGCAAAAUAGAAGAUGCGGCAUGCUUGAAGGCGGCUGCUCAGAGCAUGGUGCCAACUUUGGCUGCUGGCAUGCCGGAAAUGAAGACAGAACCUUUGGACAUCAUGCGAGUGGAAAGCAUCAAGGUCGAUCUGGCUGGGCUGAAGUUGAACAUAAAAGACGCUGAUGUUAAAGGCCUGAAAAAGACAGUUAUUGACAAGAUUAGCAUCGACAUGGCAAAAAAAGAGAUAUACUUGGUAUACCACGCAGAUAUACUGAUGAAAGGACAUUACAAAGCUUCAGGACGUCUUCUUAUCCUACCUAUAAGUGGGGAUGGAGAGACUGUCAUCAAACUAAAAAACUUACAAAUGGAGAUGACCAUUCCCUUCGAUAUUAUAAAAAAUUCUGAUGGGAAAGACGUGCUCGACCUGAAGAGCUACAAAUUCAAAUACGACGUUAAAACUAAUGCCAAUUUCCACAUGACGAACCUUUUCAACGGAAACAAAGUCCUAAGUGAUACAUUACACAACUUUAUGAAUGAAAAUUGGAAGGCCUUAUCUAUAGAGUUCGGGGCGCCUAUGUUGGAAUCUCCAAAUGCCAAAAUAUUUAACACCCUUAAAAAGUUCUUUAAAGCACAGCCCUUAGAAGAUAUUGCAGAGUAUUAAGCUAUACCAAAAUAUAAUAAAAUUGUUACGUUUGGAAAGGUUGUUGAUACUACUGGAUUAUUAUUUUUUACAACUAUUAUACUUAAAGACUAUUUCAUGAGUACUAUAAUUCUUGUAUUAGGUAUCAUAAAAAAAAUCCUAUAACAAAUAAACAUGCUAACAAUGAAAACAUUUAUAGUGGGCCACAUUGCAUUACCACCAUUUCUACUUCUAUUAGAGGAAGGUAAACGAAAUUAAUUCAUCUUAUUGGUAAACAAAAAAUUAUAUGUUUGAAUUAUUAGUAUUCUUAAUAUUUAUUAAAGUUAAAGUUGAUUUUGAUAUAGUAAAAUAAUAAUCCUAGUAUCUUACAAUUUUUUUAAUGAAAUUAAGUUAGUUUAAAUUAGAAAGAGGUUAUUUACUAAAA